AAACUUAUUAACACACAUCAACAGCUCAUUGAUGACUGUGUUUGUUGCAAUAGAAAUAAUAAAUGUUUGGAGAAGCUCUUUAAUAAAUGAGAUUUAUCCAUCUGUAUGUGCAGUCUCUCCCCGAGUCCUCCACAAGAAGCUCCAAGAUGCCGGACACAAUUAUGUCCAAGGAGCCCAGUUCCAACCUGGAGAGUGCCAUGCAGAUGCUCAUCAAAACCUUCCACAAGUACUCCGGGAAGGAAGGAGACAAGUACACGCUGAGCAGAGGGGAGCUGAAGGAGCUGCUGAUCGAGGAGCUGGGGACUUAUUUAGGGAACUCCAAAGAUAAUGAAGCAGUUGAGAAGGUGAUGAACGACUUGGAUGCCAACAACGACGGGGAGGUGGACUUCACCGAGUUCAUCAUCCUCAUGGGUGCGCUCACGGUCGCCUGCAACGACUUCUUCCUGGAAUACAAAACAGAUGAGAAACCCAAAGACGGCGGCUCGGCUGGGAAUUAAGAGUGAGGGAGAGGUGGGAGCGGGGAGCUGGAGAUGAGCAUGGAGGAGAAGAUCAACACGUCCGAUAGGAGUGGGGAGGGGGGGCAUGAGCAAUUUGUUUGAGCUCCACAUGAGGUGGAGGGAUGAAGAGUUCCAGCAGUUAAUGUCUCUGCACCCCCCCCUCCACAGGAGCAAGAGGGGGAAGGUUUUCGAUGGAAGAAAUGUUAAUAUAUAUCACGUUUAAAACUGUAUCUACCAAGUGUUU